AUGCCAAGCUGCAGUGACAACAUUAACCGUCCACCGCCAAAUGAGGAGGAGGAGGAAAGAGUCCGGACAGAUGAGCAGGCUGAUUCCAGUGGAGAGCAGAGGCAAGAAGAGGGGGCUGCUGCCGAGGACGAGCAAAAAGUGCAUGACAACCUCCAGCAGGUGAUACUGCUAACACACCUCAUGAGCAGACAGCCACAUCUGCUGCUGCAGCUGACCCAGCUCCUUCAACAGCUGCUGGCUCUACUGCAGUUUCUACCAGUGGUGCUAUACCCUCUGCUGGUCAACCUAACCUCAGUCUCGCCACUCAGCCUGAGGCCUUCUCUGCCUCCACACAGCUUGCCGCCUUCUCUGCAUCCACACAGCCUGCAGCCUUCUCUGGCUCGACACAGGCUGUGGGCCUAUCUGUUUAACCCACUGGCCCUACCCCUGAGGUGCCUGAAGGACAGCUGCGCUGCAGGACUGGCAAAAACGAAGUGGCGUGCUGAAUCUCCUGUCACUGCUGCCCCACAGGCUAUCAAGCCAAAGCCAUCAGCCCAGAAGCAGCUUUUAGCAUCCUGCUUCUGGUCCUAUGUUUGUCUUCCCCCAAGCAACCUCUGUCUGUUCUCAAGCCCCAGCCACUUUCACUUUGUUUGCUGUUAUGACACUUGCAUAAUGUGCCCCCCAUUCUCCUGUUGCCCCUUUUGCUCCAUCAGCACCUCCCCCUCCACCUGCCAGUGGUCGCCCUGCCUUGAAGGCAAGGUUUGACAAGAGGAGGGUGGGGUUCAACACUUGCAGGAAGUGUGGACAAUUCAGGACUGCAGAGACUGGGCAGAGCCAAUAUCAGGGCAUUAUCUACUACCCCAAUACAGAGACAAUGCCUAAAGAGCUGU